CAUCAUUUAUGAUCAGAUAAUCCGGCCCUUGCAAAUGUCAAGUAUAUAUAUAUAUAUAUAUAUACCCAAGCCAAAUCCUAUAAUCCCAGAACACUCGGUCAUCUCUCAUUGGCGCCACCAUCAGCUUGAGUUAACCAACCAUGGAUGAUAAUAAAAAUCCCAAGAAGAAAACCCAAUGUUUUCCUCUUCCUUCUGAAGGAAGUCAAGAACUGGGUCUUCCUUCUUUCAGUGAGAAAACUCUCCCUCUUUCUGGGUUUUUGCAGGGAGGAAAGAAAGAUUGUUGCUUUGGAGUCGACGCCAUUGAAGCUGUCAACAAGAGGAUCAUCAAAGGAAAAGAAACCUUGGAUUCCCAAGCUGCAAUGGAAUCCGAAAAGAAACCACCUUUGGUUGAUCUUGAAACUGGGAGGAUUUUCACCGCCAAAGAUCUUGAUUUUCCUGUCGGAUUGCCUCUGAAAAUUGAAGUCGUCGAUGAUACAGCUUUGAUCGGAUCAUUCGCACUCUCCAGAACUGGAAAUUGCGGUGUAAAAUAUGGGAGGAAGAAGAAGAAGAAGGAAGCUAAAAGAUCAAGAAGGAAGGGAUGGAUUGCAAGAAAGGUUUCAUCCGUGGAUUCAACGAAGAUUAUGUACUCGAGGAAGGAAUUGCAGGAUUUGAGGUUUGCUAAUGUUGAAGAACAGUAUAGUUUUUGGAUGGAUAUCUAUGGCGGUCUCGCCAUUGAUGUGAUCAAGGAGUAUGAAGAUUUGGCUAGCAAGCCACAGAAGAACACUGCAAAGAUUGGUUUGGUUGCUGGAAGAGGAACAAGGGUUGGUGUCAACAUCUUUGUACAUUGACUCUCCGGGCGGAUUCCGGCUCGUAAAACUUUGUUGCUGAUACUUUUAGGCACAUUGUAUCAGUGUUCAGUUCCCUCCCCUAGGCACAUUGUGUGAAUGUUUAGAUCCUUCCCCCAUAGGAUACUUGUAAAUAGGAUUCUCUUGUUGUAUGAGAUUGUAUGUUCUGAUGUGAUCCUGCAAAGGCCCCGUUCGCUCUGAUUUCGACUCGAAAACUUUCGUUUCGGAUUCUUAGGCAGUGUUUAGUUUCCCUGUAUAGGAUGGUUGUAAAGAGGAUU